AAGAGCAGGCCUGUGCCGGACAUAUCACAUUCGGUUUACCGACCAGCUUCAGUAUUUCCAAUUUUUCUGUUGACUUAUUCUGAGAAACCUCUGCGACAAAUUCUGAGCAUCGAAACUAAAUGGUGCCCAUACCUUUGAGACUUCGCCAGAUGGGCCUUGGGCCCGGGAACACAGCCGGACUGUGGAGGAAGGUAACGUUCCUGCUGGCCAUUCCGGCCAUCGUCCUCUGUGCCGUUAACGCAUUUUCGGGACACUCCCAACACGACCGCGAGCCGUUCACCAAGUACGAGUACCUGCGCCGCCGCACUAAGCGCUUCCCGUGGGGCGAUGGCAACCGCUCUUUCUUCCACAACAAGGAGGUCAAUGCGCUGCCCGAGGGCUACGAGGACGAGGAAGGCGAGGACAACGAUUAAGGCCCAGCCUGAGUUUUUAUUUUCUGGAAUUUUUUACUACUACCUGCACUGAUUUUCACUGAGCCAGCAAUGGAGCUCGAGACACCUCCAUACUUAGCCACAUUUGCUCAUUUACUUGGAAGAACGACGGGGAUCUUCUUAGGUAUAUCUUUAGCGUCUGUUUCAAUUGUUGACCAGGUCAGCCUGUUCCGAAAUAAAUUCAAUGUUGGAGUCGUA